CUCGCGGACCCCGGGCGGAUCGGGGUGGGGAGGGUGGCAAGGAUCCUAUCUCGUGGAGGGGGAUGCUAUCUCGAAGGCCAGGAAGGGCGACUUGCAGGGGCUACAGAGGCAGGAGAGUACCAUGGGGAAAUGGUAGUAUUACCUGAACUGGGGUCCUAAGAAGGUCAAAUGUGUACAGAGGCGGUCCCCCCCUGGGGUCACUGGGAGUGUGUGUAUGAGGAGGAUGUGCGCCUCUUUAUCCCAGUGUCCAUGCAGCCCGCGCAGGUCCCUGAGUCCAGGAAUCCUUCAGAAUGUUGGUACUAAGCAUAUCCCUAGUUGGAGGCCUUACCCUUCAGUCCUCUGAACCUGGAAACAAAGGGACUGAGGAAAGUACCAGGAGCACUUCGCUACCCCUGUAUCUCCCGUGCACACUCGUGCACACACACACACACACACACUGCACUAGGGCAGAAGCACACAGGCGGGGACGGACCUGCAGGUAGAGCCCCGUUCAGAUGUGCUCUCAUUGGGACAAGUGCACACCCAGGUGGGCACAUGAAGGUGCACAUAUGCACACACCCCCAAGGACAGGGCUCCCCAAAGGCACGUGCACCCGAAUCUUGCUUGUGUAUGCUGUGUGCUGUGUCCUAGCCUACCUACCUAUCUGCCCUUCCAGAUCUUUCCCUGACUCCACACUAGGUCCAGGGCUCGCUGCCUGUUACUGUGCUCUGCCUUUCCGCCCUUUUCUCCCUUCCCCUGGCCGGCCUCCAGGUCAGGCCUGGGGAAUUGAGGGAAUAAGUCAGCAUCUCAGCAGGAGGGUGUGUGUGGGGAGGAGUGGGAAAGCGCAGGCCUCCACCAGAAAUCCAGCUCAGUACUCGUCUAUUAAGAGGCUGCUGGGUGCCAGCACCCUGGUGAGCCCGGGGAUGCAAAGAGAACGAGGCCUGCCUUCAGGAGCACCCAGUCUAGUGGGGAGCCAGACAUGUAAACAACUCUCUGGGGUGACCGUGGGACAGAAUGUGCCAAGUCCUUUAACAGGCCCUGGGAGAGCACCAAAAAUUGUCUUCUCUUGAUAAAUGGCUGGGCUGCAAACGUCUUCCUCCCUACCCUCCUACCUUGUCUUACAUCCUCUCUCCCCAGCCAUAUGUCUCUGCCCUUCUGGAUCUCUCCUCCUGGACAGCCUUGUGCUCAUGGAUGCCCAACCACCCCCCCUCCCAUCUUAGAACAGGGGAAGGAUGUUAGGGUGCAGGAGGGAGACUCACAGGAGGCCUGGGGUCCAGAACGUGGGGGAAAGAGACAGGGCCUAAGGUUUCCUGGGGGUCUCCUUCCAAAGGAGGCAUGAGGCUGUCUGUGAGGGACAGGGAGGUGGAUGGAUCAGAGAGGAGUGGCUCUUCCAGAACUAAGGACUGCAAAAAUCUAGGAGUGAGGGCCCCACCUGUUACGUGGGAAGAUGAUGACAGUGGGCCCCUCCCUUCUUUCUUGGAACACCUGGAAGGGAUCCGGGCUGGGCACCUGCCUUUGCUGAUGCCUGUCUGUCCUCCCCUGUCUUCCCCAUCCACACCUCCUGUUUCAUUGCCAUCUUUGUGUCUGUCUUUGGACUCUGUUUCUCUGGGUGCCAUCCUAUCCAUCUGUGUCUUCUAUGUCACCUGGGCCUCCUCCCUCCAUCUCUGGCUCUGAUCCCUCUCUGCCCUUCCCUGUAUUGGCAUUCUGUUCCCUUUUCCUGUCCUCAUGGCUCACUCUGGGUCACUUCUGUGUUUAUAUCUGGUCCUUGGCUCUCCUCCUGGUCUUACCUUUUCUCUCCACAUUGCUGUCUGUCUCUGCCUGUCAUCUCUGGUGCUGGCCUCUGCCCCUCCAUCCCUGCAUCCAUCUCUGUGCUGGGUCCUGCCGCUCUGUCUCACUCCCCACUCAUCUCGGCCCCUUUCCCUGCCCAUCUGAGCAGCAGCGUCCCAUCCAGCCCUCUUUCACCAAGUCCCUCUGCCGUGAGUCCCACUGGAAGUGCCUGCUGCUCUCACUGCUCAUGUACGGCUGCCUGGGGGCCGUGGCCUGGUGCCACGUCACCACAGUGACCCGCCUCACCUUCAGCAGCGCCUACCAGGGCAACAGCCUCAUGUACCACGACAGCCCCUGCUCCAACGGCUAUGUCUACAUCCCCUUGGCCUUCCUGCUCAUGCUGUACGCCGUCUACCUGGUGGAGUGUUGGCACUGCCAAGCCCGCCAUGAGCUGCAGCACCGUGUUGACGUGAGCAGCGUGCGGGAGCGCGUGGGCCGCAUGCAGCAGGCCACGCCCUGCAUCUGGUGGAAGGCCAUCAGCUACCACUAUGUCCGCCGCACCCGCCAGGUCACCCGAUAUCGCAACGGAGAUGCCUACACCACCACCCAGGUCUACCAUGAGCGCGUCAACACGCACGUGGCGGAGGCCGAGUUCGACUAUGCGCGGUGUGGCGUCCGCGACGUGUCCAAGGCGCUAGUGGGGCUGGAGGGCGCGCCGGCCACGCGGCUGCGCUUCACCAAGUGCUUCAGCUUCGCCAGCGUGGAGGCCGAGAACGCUUACCUGUGCCAGCGCGCGCGCUUCUUCGCCGAGAACGAGGGCCUGGACGACUACAUGGAGGCGCGCGAGGGUAUGCACCUCAAGAACGUGGACUUCCGCGAAUUCAUGGUGGCCUUCCCGGACCCGGCCAGGCCGCCGUGGUACGCCUGCUCGUCGGCCUUCUGGGCCGCGGCGCUGCUCACGCUGUCGUGGCCGCUGCGCGUGCUGGCCGAGUACCGCACAGCCUACGCGCACUACCACGUGGAGAAGCUCUUCGGUCUGGAGGGCCCGGGCUCGGCGAGCAGCGCGGGCGGCGGCCUGAGCCCCAGCGACGAGCUGCUGCCCCCGCUCACCCACCGCCUGCCGCGGGUCAACACGGUGGACAGCACAGAGCUCGAGUGGCACAUCCGCUCCAACCAGCAGCUGGUGCCCAGCUACUCCGAGGCGGUGCUCAUGGACUUGGCGGGGCUGGGGGCGCGCUGCGCGGGGGGCGCGGCCGGCUACGCGCCCUCGUGCCGCUACGGCGGCGUGGGCGGCCCGGGCGCGGCGGGCGUGGCCCCGUACCGGCGCAGCUGCGAGCACUGCCAGCGCGCCGUCAGCAGCUCGUCCAUCUUCUCGCGCAGCGCGCUGAGCAUCUGCGCCAGCCCGCGGGCCGGCCCGGGGCCCGGCGGGGGGCCGGCCUGCGCGGGCAGCCGCUUCUCGCUCGGCCGCCUCUAUGGCUCCCGGCGUAGCUGCCUGUGGCGCAGCCGGAGCGGGAGCGUCAACGAGGCGAGCUGCCCCACGGAGCAGACGCGGCUGUCGAGCCAGGCGAGCAUGGGGGACGACGAGGACGACGACGAGGAGGAGGCCGGGCCGCCGCCGCCCUACCACGACGCCCUCUACUUCCCGGUGCUCAUCGUGCACCGGCAGGAGGGGUGUCUGGGCCACAGCCAUCGGCCGCUGCACCGCCACGGCUCCUGUGUAGAGACCUCACUGUGAUCCUCGGCGCCUGGACAGGUCCGCUAGCCUGCCCGCUGCCCCUCGCUGGACCGUGCUCCCUGCCUGUAGCAGGGGGAGUCACUAUGGUGACUGAGGUUGUGCUGGGCACUGCGGGGGGUGGGGGAGGCAAGAGUGCGCGGGACAGACCCGGAUGGGGCCGAGACACGCCCCAUGCUCCCCCCCUCCCCCCCCCCCGCCCCCCUUCUCCCUAUACCUAAAGAGACAGUGAGGAGGGUGGGAGUGGGCGGCUCCGAGAGCAUCCCAGCCGGCAGAGCCGUUUCUUCCAGCCCGGCCCCUGAGUUCCUAAGGGGGCACCUCCCCUUUCUACACGCACACUCGAGGUUUCCUGCCCAGCCUUUCAACGAAUUUUCUGACUGUUAUGUGGCGACUGUGCGGUGGGACCCACAUUGGGCCUCGUCUCAAGUGCGAGGCCCUCGCUGUGGAGCUGGGGAGGUUUAGAGGCUGUGGGGAAGGGAAAUUGGGGCUUUCCUUCCCCCGCUGCCCCGCCCCACUGGGGCCUCUCUCUGCUGAGGAGCAGUGGUUUGCUGAACAGCAGGGCUGGCUUCCAACCUGCUAAUGACUUCAGUGGGUCUGAGGCUGGGGCCAGGUGUCAGCCCGGAUGCGCCAUCUCAAAACCGUGGAAAUGUUGCUAUCGUUUUGGCGCUGGCCCCAAAGGUCGGGGUUUCCUUUCUGUCACUCUCUCCGCUGUUGUUUAUCUCGCUGGGCCCCGGGAGUCCGGGUCCGGAGGGACUGUGCUCACCACACAGACGUCACUCCCCUUCCUCCCCUCCCCCUCCCUCUCCCUGGUUCUGAAGAGCUGUUGCCAGCGGGGAGGACGGUGGGGGGAGGCAAAAUGUGGAGGGCAGUGUACCUCACUUAGCCUUUUCUCUAAGCUCUGCAGCCUCCUGGCAGCAGCCUCCACACCUGGGUUCUGGGAGGGUGCUCAUUUCAGAGAGGGUGAGGUACCGCCCAGGGGUACUGCUGGCCAACGUGAAUGACUGAGUGCAGAGAGUGGAAGCAAACCUGGGUGACAACGAGGAUCUCUGGACACAGGUGGGAGGCAAAGAGGAGAGGGCAGUGGAGGGUAGAGUGAAAGGACCUCCAGAGGUAGGGGUGUCUGUGGGGGGGGGGGGGUGGCCCUUGCCUCCCCCAGACUUGUGGGGAGGAGUGGAAAGUGGUCCCCACACAUUGCCUCUGCAGGGCGGAGGACGGGAUCGCAAGCCCCAGCUGGAGAAAUAGUCAAUUCCAGUGGCAGGGUCGGAGGCAGGAUUCUCUAAAUCUUGUCUGACUCCUCUGUCCUCCCCUAUGCCAUGAGCUGAAGCCCUGCUGUGUGUCCUAGGGUCUUCAAAGGGGCACCUGCCACCACCCCAGGGCACUGGCCCCAAGUCCUGUUCCCCCAAAGCUCUGACACCACCUUCUCUCCCCCAUGACUCCCACCCUGAUGUGCUUCCGUGUGCAUGUCUGUGUACAACCCUCCUGCCCUCCCAGCUCCCCUGGCUAAAGAUUUCCCAGCAGACUUAGUGCCCAGGGAUUGAGCUCACAUUUCAAGCUGGAGAGGAUAACCCUUGGGCCACCCGAUAUUGCUCACCCUGGAUGCUUCUCACUUUGUCUGAGCCGGCAGAGCUCCUCCUUCCUUUCCUUCAGCCUCUCCCAUCUUCCUCCAGCCUAGCCAGGCCUGCACCCGCCAAGGGCAUGGCCUCCACCUAUGCAACAUCUCCUUUGGCUCCCCUCCUCUCCUUCCUGGGGGGACUUGGGAGGCACAGAUUGUGGGGACACCAUGGUGCAUGGCCAUUGGGGGUUGAGCUUUACUUUCAUGUGGAGAUGGCUGAGUGGACGGGAAUGGAGGCUGGAGAAGGGGAGGUGUGGGCAGGAGGGGACAGCUGCCCAGUAGGCUUCCCUGGGCAGCAGAGCCCACCUGUCUGCCAGCACUGAACCCGCCUGGACCCUGAGUCUAUGCUCCUCAGGGGUCUGGCGGUUGGAGCACCCCUCUUUCCUCUGAAUGGACAUCUGUGAGGUACAGGUGGUGAGCUGUGGCCUCAGGCCCCAGUUCUUGGCCAGCUGGCACCUGGAUGUCAUGCCCUUGUGCGAGGACAGCCUGAGUUGGGAGGAGGAGAAG